CGCCGCGGUUCAAUCCGCUCCUUUUUAUUACAUCCCAGGUGAAUGAUCUGUUGGUUGGGUUUUUACUGUCGUGGGAUUUGAUUUCCUGAUCAUUUUGUUUCUACUGAGUAUCACGUACCUCACUUAAUUCUUCCGCGCCCGCGCUUAAGACUACCUAAGAGCCAGUGCAAAGUCCGCUAGAUCCGAAAGCCCCGAGCUCAGCUCUCGUAAAGACGACUCCGACCCACUCUAGAUCCUACAGCCUUGUUUCGUGUGUCGAGACGAGCGAGACAAACAUCUUUUUUUUCUCUCUCUCUCUCUCUAUCUCACAGAUCAUACCCUCCCCCUGAACGGAACCAGAUCUGAGUCCCCGAUUUAAAAAUGCCUUUCUGGGGAAGCAAGUCCACACCGACCAAGGCGGAGAGCGAGGCCAGCUCGACGACUCCUGACGCAACCGAUCCCAAGAAUGACCCGGUCGCUUCGGCAUCGCAGGCGGCGGGCACCGCCUGGCUCGCGGGCCACCUCCACCACCUGACGGACGACCAGGAGCAGAAGCUGGAGGAGUUCAAGAAGCUGUGCGAGCAGAAUGGUUACUAUACGCCCGAGCGGGAGGGCGAGAAAGCCAGCCACGCCGAUGCGACAAUGCUGCGCUUCCUCCGCGCACGCAAGUUCGAUGUCGAUGGCGCUUGGGGCCAGUUUAAGGAUACGGAGGAUUGGCGCCGUGAGAAUGCCAUUGAGUCGUUGUAUGAGACUAUUGAGGUGGAUGCUUAUGAUGCUGCGAGGCGGAUGUAUCCUCAAUGGACCGGCCGCCGCGACCGUCGCGGUAUCCCUGUCUAUGUGUUCGAGAUCCAACAUUUGAACAACAAGAACAUGGCCGCGUACAAGUCGACCCUCUCCACCGAGACUCAACAAUCGUCGAAGGUCCCCGAGCGGCUGCUGCGUCUCUUUGCGCUCUACGAGAACCUCCUGCGCUUCGUCAUGCCCCUGUGCUCGCAGCUGUCUCGCCCCAACCCGGAGACUCCCAUCACCUCGUCCAACAACAUCGUCGAUGUCAGCGGAGUCGGACUGAAGCAGUUCUGGGAUCUCAAGGGCCACAUGCAGGACGCCAGCGUGUUGGCGACCGCGCAUUAUCCUGAGACUCUGGACCGGAUUUUCAUCAUCGGCGCCCCCUCUUUCUUCCCGACGGUCUGGGGCUGGAUCAAGCGCUGGUUCGACCCGGUCACCACGUCCAAGAUCUUCAUCCUCUCCGCUGCAGAGGUGAAACCCACCCUGACGUCCUUCAUGGACCCCUCCAGCAUUCCCAAGCAAUACGGCGGCGACCUCGACUGGAAAUGGGGCGACAUGCCCUACCUCGAUGAGGAGGCCCGGCAGGUCGUCGGCGCCCUUGAGACUCCGCCCGCCGAGGGCGAGACCAAGCCCAGCUUCAUCAAGGGCCCUGUCCUGUUCAACGGCGACAACAUCGAGAUCCUCGGCAAGGUCAACGGCGAGAGUCGCAAAUCCACUCUUCCUGCGGGUGUUGUCGCCCAACCAGGGCAGUCCGCUGCUGCCCCGGCCGAGAAAGCUCCAGUGCAAGGGCCUUCUGAUGUGGUCGCUUCGGACAACGAGAAGGUGGCUGCGCUGCAGGGUGAGGCGGCUGCUCCUCCCAAGUCAGAGACUGAGACUGCCACCGCUUGAAUUUUCCGCAAAUAAACCAUUUCUCGCAUACAUCUUUCUUCCUUAGCCUUUCUUUUCACCUGUCACUUCAUCUCGCAUCAAGACUUUCAUCAAGACACUAAUCGACUUAUACAUACGAGGCGUCAUUCGGAAUCGAAUUGGAUACUUUUAUAGAUGAAUUUUUACAUUGUUAUUUCCCGUGGUGCGAGGCCCAGCUGGGGCCAAGAGCAGGAGAUUUUGCGGCUUGAAUGCUUGAUCUCGAUUGAGGUCCUCUUCUUUGGACUGACUCUGUCUUCGUUGAUCUUGACCGACUGAUUCGGCCCCACCUGUUGUCUUCUUUCAUAUCAAUCAUCUUAAUCUAGCGUGCUUGGUGUGCCUGAUAUAUGUGUAUAUGUCUGACCUUCACUCUCUAAAUCAUGUUUUCUUUGGUUGCUUGGAGGAUUGAGGUAUAGACAUUUGUCGUCAGAUGAGUUUAUUUGGGGUGCAGCAUUUCGGAUUUUG